GGACACAGACAGGGGAUUCGCUGUCAGGAGGGUGGAUGCUUGGAGCUGGUGAGCGAUGUGCAGUUUAACUUACCGUUUACUGUCAUAUUUUGUGCGUUUUACCUAAAGCUGGUAGGUUUUUCCUUAGUAACAAUGACACUGACUGUUUUUGGUUUGUAUAGGAAAACAACUUGUCCGUGUACAUUUGCUUGUUCCUUACAGGAGCGCUCAUAGUCGUGCCGCAGAGUGCUAGCUAUGUUGCUAAUGUUAGCUCUUUAGCUAUGUGGCUAGCCUACCUAGAAACACUCCUGUGUCCAUUAUCGGACACACCUCACUAGGAGAUAAAUAUUAAUGUGUUUACACCAUUAUCUGUAUGUGAGAUACAUGAACAACGUUUGGGGGUGUUUUUUAAUUACACCUUAAACGCAUUUAAUGUCUUCUACAGUUGAAAAUGAUGUUUUACUGUACAAACCUAAUGCGAUAUCUGCAGAAGAGGAGCGGUUUGUGGGGAGCGGUGUGUGUUAUUUCUGUGUGCAGUGGCAGUGGCUCGUAUCCGCGGCUGAUGCUCCUGAUUUGAUCCAUGUCUCAACCCCGUCAGUGCAGGUACGACAGACGAGUGAGUUAAUGAGCUCUAGUGUUAGCGGCGACCUGGUUUGACUGCAUGUCCGAUAAUGGAUCUGGGCGUAUUUGGUUGUAAGUUAACGCGCUGCAGUCGGUGAUCUCCUACCGAGCAGACACGGAAUGUAGGUUAACGUAAGACAGACGGUGGAUAAAGGUGGGAUGAUGUGCUCGUAAGGCAAUCUAAGUACUACCCAAGAGUGAGGUUCAAUUGGCAAUGUCGCCUUGUGAAGAGGAAGGGCACUAGCAGGCUAGCUAACGGGCGAGAGUCUGGCUCUGUGUGGCCGGUGUGCGAGUGUCUAUCUCGGCUGUGACGCGGACUAGGGGUACCGGGUAUCCACCGUGCACGGUGCCGUGUAGCGCUUUCACGCCUCUCUCUUUUCCUGCGUUUGCUGCUUUUAUUCACGUUUACAACUGAAUACUUCCAUGUAUUUUUGUGUCUCAUCCGUUAAAGGCCGUAUUAAUAAUAGCUGCGACAUAAUAUUCCCAUGACCUGGGCCAUGUCAUCCCCGAGUUUCGAUGAAACCGGCUAACUGCGCGUGCGGGGGAUUCGGUUACACCUUCCUGCUAAAUAGUAAUCUGGGUUUACAUUAAUCUCCAAACAUGUUCAAUACUAAGCAUAUAGUUAGUUAUUUGGCUCGUUUUAUGAAGUAUUUCGACAGUGUUGCAUUCUGUUGGCCUGAGUGAAGCCAUGCUGUGUUUGAUAACAUGUAGAGAGCAGCAGGGCUUGUAAUCUUAUCCUCAGAUACAUUUCACAGAAGUAUAUUCAUAAAUAGUGUCACAUUCACUGGGCCAUGCACUUAAACAUAUGAGGAACCAUUUUUAUUUUUUUAGCCUACAGCAUAAUUUUUCUUUCUUUUAUUUUGAACCAUGAAACACACACAUGCACAGGAUCCUGUGGAAAUGCAUUAACCCUAGAACACUAUUGAUUUUCACCCUACCAAACAUGUUUACGUGAUUUUCAUUAUGUUGUGUUUUUCUGAGUAUCAUGGGUCCCUAGGUAGCUUUAGCAUUGCCUUUGACAUCUUUGAAGGCGUAUUUGUUUCCCGAUCCAAACCCCACUUUUUCCUACAGGCACGUGUUUGGGUGAUUUUCACCCAGCAAUAGUGAUAGAGGGUAAAGUAGGUUUAGGUGGAUUUGAUAGCUGCAUGUAGGGAAUAAGGUCAGUAAGAGUGGUCCAUAUAUAUAUAUUUAUUAUAUAUAAUAAUAUAUAUAUUUUAGGAUUUUUUUUUGUUCAUGAAUGCCUAAUUUCAGUUAUUUUGUUGCAUUUUUAUUAAGGCCCAACUGAUAUGGAUUUUUCGGGGCCGAUACCGAUUAUUAGGGGGGAAAAAAUAUCCAAUUACAGAUUAACAGCCGAUUUUUUAAAAAAAUUUUAAGAAGUUAAAAAAUAUAUACUGUAGAUAUCUACAUUAUUAAGUAUACUGUGGAUAUACUGUAGGCUACUGCUCUUCACACCGACAGGAAGACUGACUGAUCAAACUCGGACAAGAAAAGCGUUUUUAACUACCCCCCCUGUCGCCGCCGAUCGGUGCCUCCAUGUCUUCACUCAUGUUACUCAUUUCCGGUCCGGUCUCAUCUGGAGACAUGCAGCUGCCUCAGUAAGAGAAGUAGCUCGAUCAGGUAAUGUGUACGGUUGUUUAUUUUACCGUUACUGGCACGGCUAGUAGUGUAGCACGGCUAAUAGCAUAUGACUAACUCUAACUUGAGCUUGCAUAUUACAUGGUGCUUCACCAUUCGCUUGGUGUGACAGAGACAGAACAUUGUGAAGUGGGUUGAACUGAAACUUGUUGACUUAUUGUUUAUUUCACAAACUGGUUUGUUUACUGUUGGGGUGGACCACUCUCCUCCGUGCAUCCCUGAGCUGCCUGAUUCAGAUCCGUCACUUUGCUGUGCUGUGAGGUAGUUAGUGGAUGAAGAUUGUCAUGAGGUUGCUGCGCCAUUUACUGGAUAAGUCGGAUAACUUUUCAAAUGGUGGAACAUUUUUCAAGUGAAACAGAGUCUUUUUCUCUGCAUUUUAUUUCUGAAAAUAUCUGCGAGUUUUGGCUGAUUACCAAUUAGUCUCAAACGGGCUAAAAUUGGCCGAUUUAAUCGGCUUGCCGAUAAAUCAGUCAGGCCCUAAUUUUUAUAUGGUCCCCUCAUGGCACUUUUUUCCUCCCUUUGGACAUUGCACAGUUAAAAAUCAAAGAAAACUACUUUAAUUUGUUAUUUAUUGUCCUAUUUUGAUAUAUUUUGAUGACAAGUACUUUUUCUUGGGUAUAUUCUUUCGGGUAAAAAUCCCCCAGCAAUAGUGAUGGUGUUAGUAAUUUUAGCGAUAGUGUUCUAGGGUUAAUGGAGAUAUGCCUGAGAUAAAGGGCUGGACAUGGUUUAGUCCUCAGCACUUGGGCUUUGCACUGCCUUGCUUUCCCUUGAAAGUGAAAUGGCUCCUUUCCAGCUAACAGCCUGACUUCCAGUCUCAGUCUGUUUUAGGGUUUGAACCGAUGACCCUCUGUAUCCCUUGGCAAGUCCCUACAGAUUGACCUACUUGCUCCCCCCUGUUGCUGCAGACUGAUGGUAAAGAUUUGAGUCUGCAACAGAAGAGCAGUAUCAAAUAUACCUUAUAUCCAUGGCCUAACUAAGGCUCUGCAGUGCAGGGGAAGAUAUCUGACAUUGCGUUAGUAAGUAUAUUAACUUGUCAACAAAUAUAGUCUGAUAUAUGUUGACAAGCAGAGGCAUCUAUCAUCUAAAUAGGGAUGAGUGUUUUGAUAUCCUGUGGAAAGUGUUUCUUGUUCUGAUGUUAAUAUAACCAAGGAUGUGUUGAGAUGAGCUAAGGUUUAGCUCAUGAACUUGGUCAUGCAUGAAGGGAUCUUUAUUCUGGAUUAGUUUGCUGGUGGAAUCUAGAUAUUAACACUUAUUUGUUACUUAUUAUGCUGUGAGAGAAGAUUUGUUGUGUUUGUUUUUGUUACCUCGUAAAAUGGCAUAUUUUUGACGGAGUUGCUGAUGUUGUAUUCCGAUCUAAGAUCAUAUGGAUGUUGUAUGGUUUGAACUUGUAUCAGAAUCAGACAGUGGAGUUCCAGAUCUGGAGGGAGGUAUUUAUUUGGAGGUUUGCUUGUCUUUUGUUGAGUUUUCCAGUCAUGUGCAGCCCACCACUGAAACAACCCUACAUGUUGACAUCUGCCACAGCUGUGUCACUAUGGAAAUACGUGCUUUGCUCUGCAAAAUUCCUGUCUCUGUUUAAACUCAUUCUUUUUUUCAAUGGCCUAUUCAACACUGUGCCUGAGCAGUAACAACAGGUAGUCAGUCAGUGGGCUGUAUAUCGAGCCUCUGUUUGUUUUCUGGCUCUUUUCUUUUUUUGCUGCCUGUAUUUGUCAACAUGUGACAUGGCCAAUAGUAACACUUAACCUUAGUCUUACAUUGAAUCCGGAUGCCUGAGUGAGGAAGUCGACUUACAGUCACAAGAUUACUGUUUGUGUUUGCCUCGGGUGGAGUACAGGCCAGUCUUGUGCUUGUCUGUCACCGUCUCCUCCGUCUUGAAUGAUAUAUUUCUUCAAACAAUGGAGCUUUAUGAUGUUUCCUUAGUGGCACUCUUUUAAAUAAUACAGAUAAGAAAGAAGUCCCUGCUGGAGGAAGAAAUGAGUAAACCCAGAUAUGAUACUGUAAAGCCCAGGAACUUUUAUGUAUUUCAUCGUGAUCAGACCAGACAGAUAGAUGUUGUUUUUGUAAUUCUCUGUCUAAAGUGAUUGCCUGUCUGCUAUUGAGCUUUUUUAAUGACGUUAGACACUCUGACGUAGGAGACUUCCUUGCAACGAUUUCAAAAGAACAACAGGUGUUAACCAACAGGAAGCUAAUUGUUACCCCCAGUUUGUAGCUUCCACCAGGCAACACCUAGCAGAGGUAUUCUGAAGUUAUUCUUGGCUUGGUUAGGCUUCACUUACAUAAGUGUUAGCAUGUCAGACAUAUCUUAACAUCUUUCUCCUUUGGCACAUUUUUUGAAGCAGAAACCUCCAUAGCAGGGUUGUAAACAUCAUUAUACUAUGUAUGCAUACUGGAUACUUGCAACUUCAUUGUGAUGCUUCAAAGGAGCCAAAUGUAUUUUAGAUAAAGUUGUGCUUUGUUGAAAGACUGUUCUAGUGAAAGGCUUUUAACAUUUUUGGACAAACUAGAGCCACUCAAUUCUAAGUUAAAUGAGAAUACAGUGAAAUUGAUUGUAUACAAAGGAAAAUCCAAAAACCAACCAUCAUACAGAGGAAUUCUAUCAUUCUGUAACAGUGUGCAUGCUGUCAACCUGUGGCCUAACCAAGUAUGGAGUAAGAGGAAGAAACUGAUUUGGAUGCAGUUCCAUCAUCAUGUUAGAUAAUAUCCACCUACAACAACUUUUACUGGCCCAUGCAUCAGAGAGACCAAAGCUUGUUCGAGUUUGUGCUGUGUGACAGGAUUUUCAUUUGGAUGCACAAAACUAACACCUCUAUUUGCACUGGUGUGAGGCCGAGGGGCGGGUUUGCUUCAUCUGUAUUAGAGGAUGUUUCAGCCUAAGUAUAUUUGUUGUUGUAUUUUUAGGGCCCGACUGAUAUGGAUUUUUUGGGGCAGAUGCCGAUACUGAUUAUUAGGUGGGAAAAAUCCGAUUACUGGUUAAUCAGCCUAUUUUUUAAUUUUUUUACGAAGUUAUAAAAAAUAUCAAUCUACUGUAGAUAUCAACAGUAUACCAUACACUGUAGAUAUACGGUAGGCUACUGCUCUUCACGCCAACAGGAAGGCAGACUGAUCAAACUCUGACCAGAAAAGCGUUUUCAAUUACCCGACCCCAACCACCCCACCCCCGCUGCUGAUUGGUGCCUCCACAUCUGAAGUCACGUUACUCAUUUCCGGUCCGGUCUCAUCUGGAGACAUGCAGCUGCCUCAGUAAGAGAAGUAGCUUGAUCACGGAAUGUGUACUGAUGUUUAUUCUACCGUUACUGGCACGGCUAACAGUGUAGCAAGGCUAAUAGCAGAUGGCUAACUCUAACUUUAGCUUGCAUAUUACAUGGUGCUUCACCGUUAACUCGGCGUGACUGAGACCAGCACAGCAUGGAACAUCGUGAAGUGGGUUGAACUGAAACUUGUUGACUUGUGGUGUAUUUCACAAACUGGUUUAUUUACUGUUGACCACUCUCCUCCGUCCGUCCCUGAGCUGCCUGCUUCAGAUCUGUCACUCUGCUGCGCUGUGAGGUAGUUAGUGGAUGAAGACUGUCAUGAGGUCACUGCGCCAUCUACAGGAUAAGUUGAGGAACUUUUCAAAUGGCAGAACAUUUUUGAAGUGAAACCGAAUCUUAUUCUCCACAUUUUAUUUCUGAAAAUAUCGGCGAGUUUUGGCUGAUUACCAAUUAGUCUCAAAUGGGCUAAAAUUGGCCGACUUAAUCGGCUCACCGAUAAAUUGGUCGGGCCCUAGUAUUUUUCUCUUCAGGUGGGUUAGCAAAAGCAUUUCCUUCACAUACAUGAAAGUGGAUUGAUAAAGAUGUCAGUCCUGACCCAGAGAGAAGCAGCGAGUAGCUUUGCAGAUAAGUGAGGGCUGGUCUUGUAGGCUGGGAAAUCUCCCCCUUGUCUCCUGGGAAACCAGUUUGACCUUAGUUUGUGGUCAGCUAUUUGCCCCUCAGUCAAAUGUUCACAGUAAGAUGCAUGAAUGCUCAUGCAUCAGAGAUGAAUGAAUUCCAGGAGGAAAUGUUUUACUUGCUUUGCACGAGCAGGUUGGAAGUCAGGGUCAGCUACCAGACAGAGGAUAAUGGAACUGAGAUUCACCAGUGGCCUGAAUCCACAACCAUGAUUGUUUACUCCACCACCAGUUCUUAUCACACCUGUCAACUCUGGCGUAUGAGGCUUUAUUUUGCUAAAUGAUGACACAAGAGCAGUUUUGCAGUCCCUUCUGACUUCUGUGGCACCUUCAUAUCCUGCCUCAUUGUGCCUAAAGUGGAGGAAUGAAUUCCUGCUCCUGUCCUUUCUAAAAAUACAGCACCCUGGUGGCUGGCAUGCAGUACAACCUGCAGCCUCAGUAUAUAGCUUGCUCAGUAUAGGCUGAGAAAAGCAUUUUCAUCCCUGCAGGUUGCCACCAGUCUUUCAUGAAUGGAACUGACGUCAGGACCUUUCAUCACUGCUCUCACAUGUUGAAACCCACCGGCAUGGGCACACUAAACACACACUCUAUUGUACACCGCUAUUUUAGAGGGUGAUAUCUGAGCUAAUUCUGUUUGCAAAUACUGAAAGGCAUCUGUGCUUUGUGCAACAGCCCUGGCUGGAUCACAUCAGGUUAGACUUCUCAUUUUAUGGUGAAAUUUUGAAGUCAUCACAAGGCUUGACACUAAUUUUUUUCAUAAGGUGCACAUGUGCUCCUAAGUUGAAAAAGUGAGGAGCACACAAAGAACUUUAGGAACACAAUGAAAAUUGAUCAAGGGUGGAGAGUAGAUUUAACCACGCUGCUCUUGCCAUCACUGGUUAUGGAGAGUGAGAAGACACCAGUAGAUCCACAGUGAAUGUCCGUCAAAUGUCCAACCUAAAACUAACUUCGCCGCGGUGUUUACAUUAAAAAAACAUGUUUUGCCUUGGCUGAUUUCUUUCAUGCGCACAUGUGCCCCUAAAUACAUUUUACAAUUGGCAUACAUCUAUUUUUAGCUGCAAAUGCAAGUGAAAUUGUCACAUUGUCGAGCCCUGCAUCAUGAUGUUAAUUUCUUCUGACCUUAAAUUAAUAACUUAAUCCUUUUCUUUUCAUAGACUCAAGAUUAGCUGAAUGGAAAUAUGGUUAAAUAUUUGAGAGAUCUGUAAGACAGUAAAUCUUUUGUCAAAGUGGCCUGUUUGCUGUUUUAUUGUAGCAAUAAUUUACUUACUCUGUCUGCUUUAACAACGCAGGUUGGCCUAAUAUUAUCUUGCCUGUUCCCUGACUGAUAUAAGCUUUUGGUGUCGUCCAAACUUACUCAACUGUAAGCAGAGAGGUUUCACUACUGCUUUAGAAAGUGUAAGUCAGCUAAAAUGUAUAAGCAGCAGAAUUUUCCAUGACUUAACACCAAGAUGACUAUUUUCACAACAACUAUGAAAUUUAAUCUUUUUUCACUUCCAGCCCCUUUGAACAUGAGACCAAAAGCAAAAUAAGUUUGAAAAGCAAACCAAAGUUCAGCCUCAAACCACCAAAACAGCAACCCUACUUGAUAUUUCUGGGAGAGUCACAAUAUCAGUGGAAGAAAAUCUAUUCUUGUAGUUAAUAAUAAAUGGUAGCCAAGGCCCUUUUAUAUUUCUCUUCCUCUCCGAAAACUCAUGCAGCUGCAUGUGUGAGACUGUGUGUGUGUGUGUGUGUGUGUGUGUGUGUGUGUGUGUGUGUGUGUGUGUGUGUGUUUUUUUCUGUGUGCUGGUAUGAGACGACCAGGCUCUGCCACAAUACUCUCCUUGUGUUCUGUGGGCUAGAGGAGCCUGGCUCAGCUCCUGUCACACAGUUGCUCACGGCACAUGUCCUGUCAUUUGGACUGACCUCCUCGACCUGUCUGCUGAUUCUCAGACUUUACUGUACCUUAUCUUCUCUGGGGAAUGUCUUCCAUUGAAGCUUCUCAAAUAAACAGCCCCAAUUUAACUCGCAGACUCCUGAUUAGUUUUUUUCUUGUUUGUUUUAAUGUAAAUAUUUAUUUCACACAGUGACAUAUUUGGAGCAGAUUUUUUUUUGCAAUGUCUUGCUGGUUUUCCUGACCUGUUUUUUGUGCUUGUUUGAACCCACAUCAGGAGAGUUCUGGGAAAAUGCAUUCCUUUGCUUCAUUGGCAACAGAUGUAGGGGAGAACAUUUUUUUUCUUUGAGCUGAACCUUUUGGAGAGUCUAAAAACAGUGCGGUGUGGACCGUAGGGCAGCUGUUUUGCCCAAGGAGGCUGAAAUAGACUUCAUGAGAGAGCGAAUGUCGGGCCUGUGGCCGGAGCGUCACAGGGCCCCGUGUUUGCUUCCCAGUGGCAGAUGGAUAAGGAGCUGUCAGCAUGGGUAACAGCUGCCCUAUCCACAGCUAUUAAGCUACCUAGCUGUGAUGUGACAGCCACACAUAUACGGCUACAGAUCCAAAAGUAACUGCAGUUGGUAUAAUGUGUCGCAGUAUCCUGAAGGUUACUGAAGAGGGGUCUGUGACCACAGGGAUGACUGGGCUGUUUUGUUAAAUCUGUGGGGGAAUAAGUGUGGGGAAAGUGUGUAAAAAAAAAAAAAAAGGCAAAUGCUACUCAACAGCUGCUGAGAAGGUGCCUUUGAGCAAUGAGCCUUGUAUGAAUGGGUGGAGCAGCUCAAUGGCCAUUGUAAAAGGGUGCACACGCACUGGGUAUCAUCCUGGGCAUUCAUGUGGUUUCCAUGAUGAAAGUAAAGAAGUUGCAUGCAUCUUUUAUGUGGAGAAAAAGAGGUCAUUGUUUGGAAGGCCUUUGAAUUUACUUUAACCCAGGAGUUUUAUAAUUUAUAGUUGCCAUCAAACUGACUUAGUUUAUUACAGAUACCUCUAUAGAGCAGUGGUUCUCAAGUCCAGUCCUUGAGGCCCACUGUCCUGCCCCAACACACCUGAUUCAAAUGAUCAGCUCGUUAUCAAGCUCUGCAAUGGUUUAAUAACGAGCUGAUCAUUUGAAUCAGGUGUGUUGGAGCAGCGAAACAUCCAAAACAUGCAGGACAGUAGGCCUUGAGGACUGGACUUGAGAACCACUGCUCUAUAGGGCCCCCGAAAAUCCAAACAGCCCAUCAGCUGGAAGAUUUACAGUGUCUAUAUAGUUAUUUUUAAUGCUUGCUACCCCUACCACCAGAUUAGAUUCCAGCAAAGAUUAAAGGAUGCAAACAUAAAUGACGUUUGUUAACAUUUUUUAAGUCAGUUCGUCAUAUGUUUGGGGAACUUCCAAGACAGGAUGAGCGCUGUGAUAAGAUGGUUAAAACUGAGACAAAAUCCUCACAGUUGCUUUAAGUAAAAGCAACAACAAAAAAAAGAGUAUAUCCACUCUGAAAAUGCCCACCUAGCCUAGUGCUUGCUGCCGUUGUUUCGUUGAAGCUUAACGCAGACAGGUAAAUCACACUUGGUGUCAUGAUUUACUUCAUACCCCCAACCCAGUAGCAUACUUGUUUUGACGUUUUUGUUGCUGGCGACAGGGAUCUUACAGCAGGAAACCUUAACCCCUUUCCUGUUGGAGUUGAGCAGCUGACAUGUUUGGUGAGUGGGGAAGUGGAGCUAACAUUAGCUCCAAGUAGCCCUUGCUGCAGGAAGGACAUUAUAGUUUGCUGGCACGAGUCCAGCGCAUCCGGAGGGAGUCUCCUAUCACAUGUGUUUGUUUGGGUGCAAUCUCUUAAUACAGUGUGCCCUCAACCAGGAGGCUGUCAACCAGUGAAGCUAGCCUCAUUAAUAUUGAUGCCAUGUCUGUUCCUCUUGGGGUAACCUCUGCUCACACAGUUUUACAGCCAGAGAUGAAAUGUAGACCACCGACACUCUUUGAUAACAUUACACUGCUAAAUUAUAUGAAAAUGGGAAACCAUGUUACAAAACCAGCAGCCCACUCUCUUCAAAAAUUGAGCUUUUAACUGAGGCUGAAUGGACUGUGACUCACUCACUGCACUUAAUCAGUUCCUACUUGUGUUUUUCUCCAUCUGGAGAUUCAUCAAACCAAUGUGAGGUUUCUGAAAAACAAUAUCAAAGAGCUUUAUGGAGCCAUAUGUGUGACCUAAUACCAUACCACACCACACCACACACUGAAAUCACAGAAUUUACUUUUAGCAAAUCGUCAUGGAAAAUGGUUCACUGUUUUUGACUAUCAUUUCUAAUUCAAAACCAGAAGCGCAACAAAGUUUUUCUGAGGUAUUGCACUGAAAUUUUUGUCUUUCAAACGGCACACCUAAGUGUGUGUCAGCAUUGUCUGUGGUUUGAAUUAUUCCCAGCUGUGAACAGAUUGUUCAUUUCAUCCCGCACUGCAUGUGACCAAAGUGUUUUCGACACAAACUUUAGAUAAAAAUGAGUAAUAAGUUGUGGUGCGACAGCUGAUCUUGCCUUAUUCACGUUCUACUCGAAUGGUCCUGCAUAGUUCAUACAGUGUGAUCACCACAGCAGAGGAAAAUUUAUUGUUCUUAGUAGUAUUGAAUGUUUCUUGAAUGUUCGCCUCUGCUCCAAACUAAUGCAAGCAUGAGAUAGAUACCUAGUGGUGUGUUAGCACCUCCUGCUCUGAGUUUGUGAGUGAGGGGAGGCAGGAUUCAGAGGUCAAAACAAAUGGAAACAAGAUGAAUAACUGCAUUUUGCUGCACUAAGAGGGAUAAUUAUAAUAACUAGCUUCUUCUUCUGUAUAAAAGAGUAAUAACAUUAUGCAUGCAGAUGUUAAUGAAUAAAUAAAUAAAAUGGACAGCUUUGCUAGUUAUGUUUGUUUUCUCCUCCUAGCUGUAGUUACAGACAAAAAUAAAUAAAUAAAUAAAUAAUACUCUGCAGUUGUAGUUAAAAUAAGAACAAUAAUUACACAAAGUUCAAGAUGUGAGCAGAGCAGGGUUACAUGAGUGUUGAAUUCACUGAUUCGUCUCAUAAUAAACAUCUGAAAAGUAACAUAUAAGAACUUAGUCAAAGUUAUGACAUCGCCUGUUUAUUCCUGGAGUAUUUUUUUUAAUAGAAUUUUAUUUUGAACCAGAGCGUCAAUAAAGUUUGUGUUUUGCAUGUUCAAAAUGGAGUGGGAAGAAGUCAAAACUUAUCUAGUCCCACCCCUAAUGAUGAACCAAACAUGUUGGACAUGGUAUAUGAGCAAAGUGAAGGAUUUUUUUUCUAUAUGGUGGCCUUCAUGACCUGUUCUGCCUAACAGCAGGAUGCACAGACUGUAUUUCUCUUCUCCUCUUGUGAGCAGUGUGAAAGUGUGAGAACUAGAGCGGUUAGCCCCAGGCUGGCUAAGCUCAAGUUUCCUGUUUACCUCGCACAAGGCUAAUAUCCUAUCAAGCGUGUCAACCAGCAGGUAUUGUGGGGCACCUGGCAGGUUCUGACUUUGGCAGUAAUCCCUGAGAUUAAGAAGUCUGACUGCCUGUUGCACUAGUUAGCUGCUGUCAAACUGCCAGUGAGCAACAAGCAGAUAUCCGUAUAGAGGCUUAACGGGAAAUCUCAUCCUGUGUCAAUGUACAACUGAUUGGUUGAUUGAACUAAUUUAUUUUGAACAUGUUGAAUUAAAAGCAAUAUAUUAUAUAACACAAAACACAAAAAGCAUAACACGAUACAGGAGUUUAAAAACUUGAUAGUUUAGUUUCAGUUUAUUUGAAAAGGAGUAAAAUUACACAGAAUCAAGACUGAAAUGAACCAUGAAAGUACAAAACCGUUGUAACCAUAUCGUUGUAAAAAGUAAAAAUUAUGAGACGCAGAUCAUGAACCACAUCAUGUAUCGACCAAAUAGUUGUGUUAAAAAAGAAAAUAGUGUUACAAGAAUACAUAUUUCUCUCACCAGUUUGUUAAAAAAAUGAGCUACAUAGAUUGGGAUCUUCUAAAACAGGUGCUGUUGUGAACCAGAACCUAAUUCAACUCAAUGUUAUUCAUACAUGGUUUUGUUCAGGGUAGUUUAUGGAGGAUAAGGCUGUAUCUGCAGUGUACUGUCACUGGAGAUGUAGAGGUCAUUUAAUAAUUGCUUGUAACUGGAUUAACAGAACUGAUAGUGAAAAUACAAACAUUUUAAUAAUGAUGACUCCAAAGCUUUAUGGCUGAUAACCCAGGACAAGUGACAAAAUCUAGUGUUGAUACUGAUUUGGCAUGUGGUGGUGGGUCCAUUGUGAAAUUCAAAGAUCUUAAAAUAGCAUCACAACCACAACAACCAACCUCCGAUGGGAUCUUGAAAAUAUGAUCUAGAUAAUUGAGCAGCAUCUGUCUGGUGAAGUCGCCUACUAUUGUUUAUUUUAGAGAGUAGUUUGAAGGAAAGCUCAAGAUGAUGGAAACAAGUAUGACUGAAGUAUUACUGCAGUGUGCAUUUGCAUGUCUUUGAAUAUACACAUGCAAGACUUCCACUUCUUCUACUGUGUUAUAACAUAAGGGUUAAACAUGGGAUGCAUAUCUCUGUCGUCACUUGAUGAGGAGGUCACUAGUUUCCCUUGGCUCUUUCUUUCCUCUGAACUGCAGAGGACACAUGAGGGCGGGCUGAUUUUAGUUGGGCGUACCCCUCUGUUUGUGAAAGGAAGUGAGGUUUAAAGGUCGGGGGAACAUUGGCGGGGAGGCAGUACGGACACUCAGCUUGAACAGCCACCAGCAGACUCGACGGUGGUGUUGCUUUUCCUGACUCAUCCCAAAACACAAAGGUUUUUAGCAUGGUGCUGCUGCAAGAUAAGAGAGACUGAAUGUUCCACUGUGAUUGCCAUGCAUGUAACAGAUAAGUCUGUCAUGUUGAUGUUGGGUGUCCCAUUGAGUGUGAUAUUAUCACAAGUGUGUGUAUUAACUUUAGUGCCACCGAGGCUCUACAAAGCAAGGAAACAGGUUUAGUGAUUGACUGUUGACUUAAAAAAACAACAUCUACUGUCCAACAGCUCAACCCAAACUCAAAUAUGGACACAGAUUAUGAAGUGUAUUUCUGCUUCACCUUUUCCGCUUGACGUGUUUGUUUGAAUUAAAAGCACAUAAACAGAAGUGGGGGUGGGAAUAACCAGUGGCCCCACGAUACGAUAUUAUCACGAUACUUGGGCCACAAUAUGAUAUUAUCACGAUACUUGGGCCACAAUAUGAUAUUUAACAUUUUGCAAUACAGUAAGUAUUGCGAUACAAUGUAUUGCGAUUUAUGCAUUAUUUUUCAACUGUCAAGCUAAUUUAGCAUUUGUCAUUCCUUUGUGUUUGUCUUAUUUACGCUGUUUUUUAUGUUCAUGUAGCACAUCUUGCAAACCUUAUAUUUAUUUGUUGUACUAACUUUCUCCUGCACUAUGAUGUCACCUCUGCAAACCUCACUGGACAAACAGUUGAUUUGUUUUUUUCAUUAUCAUAGAUUUGACUUCAUAUUCGCAAUUAAUUUAAAAAGUCGAUACUUAGUAAAUGAGAUGAUAUGAUAUAUCACCAGACAAAAUAUCGCGAUACUAUGCUGUAUCGAUUUUUUUCUCCCAACACUAACAGAAGUCUUUCAGGUAGAUUAGAUUUAAAGUUCCUAAUGGUGUAUUUGAGACAGUGCUCUUAUGCAGUCUGCAUGUUGUGUCUUGGGUAAAUACACAAUUUGGAGUAUUUAUUCCUAGAGCGCCACAGACUUCGGCACAAUGCUAUGUUACACAUCUUUUACUGAAAACUGACCUUUGAGUAGGAAGAGAUGUGACGCUACGUUUCCUCUGAUCCUGACAUUGAUAAUAAUAUUCAUAAUCAAGUAAAAAGGCUGGUUGGAGAAUGAAAAGUCAUGAAAUGCUUGGGUGCUAAAUGGGGGCAUUGUGACUCCUACUAAGCCCAGUUCAACAGACCCUGCAGUGUCUCCUAACAAUGACUUCUAGCAGGAAUGUUUCUGUGCAGCUGUGCGCUGCUAAACCAGACACUGCCAGAGAUUCUUUUCAGAGACACUCACUGUGAGCUGUGGUGUUAGUAAUCGUCUAGAAAUUCACAGCUUUCCACCACAGCUCUUUACCAAACUGUGAAAUUAUACUACCAUGUUUGGUGAAACGUGAUUGAAUAUAAUCCUCUCCUUCUGUGGCAGCGACAAAAGCUUUUGUCUCUCAGUUCGUUCAUUUUAUUUACACAGCAGUUAACAGUUGGCAUUUAAGUUAUUAUACACUGAACAAAGUUAAACAAGUUACUGCAUAGUUUGCAUUAGCUAAAGCGUACCAGCUUACUCAAGUUUAUGUUCCUUUUUGUGUGAUUUAAUAAAUAGAUAAAUAAAUAAAUACAAAUUAAAUAAUAAUAUUAAUAAUGAUAAUAAAAAAACAUUUUAAAUGCAAACCUUUAAGUUUGAGCUCCCUUAUAUUAUUGGACCUUAAGAGUUUAAAAACAACAUGUAUAGCACCUGUAUAGCCUGUGUGCCAGCAGUUGAUACAGUAUGUUAGAUGUGAAUGAAAGGCAAGGCUCUACGAUAAGAAUUGUUAUUUAUGUAGUACUGCAAACAUGAAGUGGAGAGGCCACUGGAGACAGUUUGAAAGAAAAAAAAGAAAAAUGAUACAUUGAAAAGUAGAUUAGAGUCCAACUGAAUCUAAGCAGCUUUCCAUUACUCUCAAAGAUUUGACUAGGUUACUUUGCUGCAUGGGUGGAGAUCUUAUUUGGAUUAAACCAAAUCAAUUUUAAGGAAGUGAAGGUUUUCUGGAAAGUGAGUGUGGCAGGUUGGUACAAUUCCCUCCACACACUGGCCUCUGAAAAACCGUUUAUGACCAGUGGUGAAAGUACUUAAUAAAGUGGCUGCUCAAGCUCUAGUACAAUAAACAAUUGAGGGUCUAAUUUCAUAUAAGUAUGGCUACAGUGGUAAUAGGAUCUGCAGUGUUAAUCUGAUUUCUUUGUUAUGCAAAAGUAUUGUCAAAUUUCUCCCCCUUGUCUGCACUACCCAUCAGGUUUCCAUUGUACCGUUUUCGAAAGGUCAUAAAUGUAUUUGUACAUUUGAGCCCAACACUCAAGUUUGUUGUGAAAAUCAAAAUCUUUCUGUUAUUUGCUAAUAACCUAAUAAAAUAUCAGAGUUGUAGUAAAAAGGCAUCUUAAUGAAUAGUGCUACUCUAAGCUGCAGAAGGCCGUCCAGUUAAUUUCACGUAUUAACAGUUAACUUUGAGCUCAUCCUUCCUAUGUGACAUGAUAUUAACCCACUCCUCUGUGUCUCUGCCCUUUCCUCCCUUAGGAAAUGACCUAGAGGCCUUACAGAUACAUUUGUGCUUUUGUCGCUCUAAUCUGCAUCCGCGGAGAGCAGCGAGAUCUGGAAGCACACUUGUUUCCGCGGUGAGUAAUAUCUACCUCAGCCAGCAGACGAGAGGGAACCAGGAAGUUGCUGGAGACUUCAGACGGGCAGACAGAGCUAUCAGCUGGCCACUCGCUCACUGCCUGCAGAGCUCUGCUUCGUGAAGGGGACUGUAGACGGACUGGAUCUGUCUGCCUCUCGCCACCCACUGCUACUCUACCAGCUGGUGCACAAGGAAAGCCCGAACUCUAUCCUCUGAUUCCAGCAUUUGUUUUUGUUUUAUUACCGUCGUUGUCCUCCCUGCUGUUGACCAGUGUCUCGUUUUGCUUGGAUUAUUUUUCUCUCAGCUUUUAAAAGAAUUUUCUACUUCAGUUCGUGCAGGCUGGUAGAGGUUACUCUAUGUACUUACAUAUGUGUACAUACUAUACAUGCUGUGUGAAGAAGGAUUUUUCUCCAAAACUGAAGGAAGGUUAGCGCACUUUACAAACUUGACUGUGGAAUCACUUUAAUCGAAUUAAGGAGUGUUUUUGACUUUUCCCCCCUCUGAUAUGAUCAUUUUCUUUGAAGCUGGAAGCAGAGUAUCUGGAGGUGUGUUACUGCGGUUUUUAAGCAGGGCCUGACGUAUCUGCAGCAGGGCUGCAUGCAAGCAUUUCACUCAGCCUGCCAGUCUUUUUGAUCACCCUCCAAACCUGACCCAAGUCUCUGCUGCCUCUCAGCAAGGCGCACUGAGAUGAGCCCCUGGCAGGUGGAAGCCUUGAGCGAUUUUUUAAAAUAACUUGAACGGUUUCAGGACAGUUGAGUUUGUUUGUUUUUUUUUCUACAGAGGACAAGCGUACUUUGUGGAGCAAACAAACUAAAAACAGCUUCCGGUGCUGUUGCACCACAUAUGUAUUGUUGUAGUGCGCAGGAAAGUAAAAUGGACUACAAGCGUCGCUUUUUGCUCGGCGGGUCCAAGCAGAAAGUGCAACAGCACCAGCAGUACCAGAUGCCUGAGCUGAGCCGGACCCUUAGCGCCUCCCUGGCCUCCUCUUGCUCAGCCUCUUCACCUAUCGGCACUGGAGUGGUCAUGCCCGGCGGCUGCCACCCUCCUCCUGGUGCCACCACCGCGGUUGCAGACAUCCAGCAAGGCAUUUCCAAAUAUUUGGAUGCACUUAAUGUGUUCUGUAGGGCCAGCGCCUUCCUCACAGACCUGUUCAGCAGCGUGUUCAGGAACUCUCACUAUUCCAAAGCAGCUAUGCAACUGAAGGACGUGCAGGAACACGUCAUGGAGGCGGCCAGCAGGCUGACUGCAGCAAUAAAGCCUGAGAUCGCCAAGAUGCUGAUGGAGCUGAGCGCCGGGGCCGCCAACUUCAAAGACCAGAACGACUUCAGCCUGCAGGAUGUUGAGGUUGGUGCGCACACAGAAACACAACAUCUCACUACAACAACUUAAUGAAGUCAUUUGUGUACUGAAAUAUGUCACACUGUGUUGACUUAAGUGAGAUAAAAGUCUCAUGACUGUCUCCUGUCUGCCAACAGACAAAAAAAAUAUUGACAUUCAUCCACACUGUUUGCUAUCCUGGAAAGAAUUAGUCAAGCCCACAACCUGAGGCACAGAAGUGAGGAAGAGAAUUGAUCACAUUCACUUAAACAUGACUGGUCCUCUAGCUGUAGUGCUAAGAUGCUUAGCUGCACAGUGGCAGAGGCCUGGCUGCAUGAAUCAGUGUUUCCUGGCUCUAACAAGAUUCUCACGCCCAGUGUUGAGCUAGUGUCAGGAUCUGAGGGUGAGGUGUGAAAAACACUGAGGAUGUGAGAAGAAAAGUCAUCUUUUGUCACUGUGGACUCCACACCAUCUUUCCAAUACACUGAAUCUGCUGAUGUGAGAAUGUGCAUUUGGAGCAGAGGUGUUUUUUUUUUCUUCUUUGCAUGGGGGUUUAGAAGAGGAUUCAGACAAGAAUUCACCUAAUAACCAAAGGCCUAACUUUGAUGUAGGGUUCAUUAUCUGUCUGUCUUAAAUUCCUUUUGAAUGCUUUCGUCUCUGUUUUGGAUGUUUUUGUUUGUCUUUUGUCACAGCUGAUUCCUCUGAAUUUCUCAGACAUACACCUGUGUCCAACCAAUUAAUUCCAGUCUAGUGAAUCUGUGGUUUCCACUGCUAAAGAACUGAGUCUCAGUGUUUUAUAGAGAGAUGAGAAAACCCAUGGACAUAUAAUAGGAGCAUGUCUCACAGUCUUUUGAAGAAGCAGCCAGCAGCAAUUAUACCUGUGUGUCCUAUAUCCCAUGUACAGACCCCUCCCCCUCCCCACCUUUCGUCUGGGUCGUCACACAGGUCAGGUCAGGAGGUUCAUGAAGCCAGAUUGGGUAACACAUACUGAGACAGUUAAAGCUGUACUUAAACAUGGUUUGUUUUAGAUAGGUGCCUCAAACAGAUCCAGACCCGGUCAUUCAAAAUAAACAACAGAUGUUUUUUUUUCUUCUUGCGAUGUAAGAAUCCUUAUUUGAAAGUUGUUAUGAAUGUCUUCAACAAAGGUUUAGUAGAGGAAUUCAUUUGUCUCCCAGGUGGUGCCCUCAGUAUCAAGAUUGUGUGUUUUCAGCUGUACACCACACCCAUGCAGCCCCAGGCCCAAAUCAGUCCUUCAAAUGGUUACUACAUCUGCUUAUUUAUCUUCUUGUUAACAAAUAGAUAUGGACAUGUCAAAUGCAAAUAAAUAAAAACAAGCUUUCAUUAAUACUCAGAAUGUAAAACAUUUAAACAGGUGGAGCUGUUAAAGCAUAUAAGUUAUAUUCACACUUUUCAGUCAAUCAGACAAAGUCUAAGCUACUGUCUCCAGCUGCUGCCAGUUUGGUUGCAAAUUAGGGCUGAGCGAUAAACCGAAAAUUUACCAAUACUGAAAUUUAUGACAAAAACUGAUGUCAUUUUGCCCAUGUCAGUAUAUAAGGUGUCAAAAAAAUAAAUAGAUAAAAGUUGGUUUUGGAUGUGUGUAGGUAGGCUAUGGUCUCAUGUCCCUUUCAAGCUUGUGGAGUAGUUAUCAUCCAUUUAUUGUUUUCGAUGUAAACUGUUCAAUAUAUAGUGAUAUUGAUUUGAGGCCAUAUUGCCCUGCUCUAUUGCAAAUAUAAAGUUAGAAUGCCAAGAUCAGACUACAUGUUAGAAGUUAUAUCCUGAUCCAGCAGAUGUAGAGUUUUAGUACCUGUCAGCCUUAAAAAAAUGAUCAUUUAUCCUGCGUAGUGUGUUAUAAUGAACGACAAUCAAACCCGCAUCUAGGACGCCCCACAAACACUCGACAGGAAGUUUUGCAUGCGUGAUUUUUCUUUCUGCCGUCUACAUCUGUGAUGUUGAUCAGUGAGAUCACAGAGCGCUCUGCAUCCUCCAGAGUCAUAAUAGUAAACAAACAAAGCAGCAGUAGAAGAAUGAUGGAGUUGGUGCUGUGAGGUGGAACCAUGAGACAGAGAGAAAAGUUUGUGGAGUUCUGGCAACUUGACAAACAUCCCCGCCUUUACGAUGAUGUGUCAUUGAGAGAUGUCCAUUACAGGCUGAAACAAAAAGAGAAACAGCAGAUGCAUUUCAACAGUGUUUUCUAGCGCAGCCACUCUUCCUUCCAACAUCAUUACAUCAGUUGUGAUGAUUGUUUGGGUACCACCUUGUCAUCUGUCAUGUCUGUCACUACAGUCGUGGCACAAACUUAUAACUCCGGCCCAGUCUGACACAGUAACCCCUCUAACAUCAUGGAGUCUGAACUGAUCUCAGCAUUAGGAAGGAAGGAAACGAGAAGAACACAAGACUGAUGAUCUCCUUUAGUUGACAGACGGUACCUCUGAUGUUUGGAAUAAUUUGAGGUUUAGGAGAGAGACAUACUACAAACACAGACGCAGGGCUAAACUAUUACAAUAGUGGGAAGAAACUAAAACUGGAAGCUUAUAAUAAAAUAUUUGUUGGUACCGAUCUAUUAUGUUAUCUUAAAAUUGAGCAAAAUAAGCACAGUCUCUCUGCAGACAUCAUCUCCAGCAGUCAUGGUAUCUCUCUUCCUAUUUUUACUUUUUAAGACACACAUCCUUCUAAAUAUUGGCCGAACCAAGGGCAACUGCAGAUUAUAACCAGUGAAAUCUUCUCCUUCUCUGCCCUGUAGUCAGAACCACUAUCACAUUUUGAGUCUUUGCUUUCGAUCAAAUGUCAGUAAUACUCUUCAAACACCUCUUCACAACACAGAUUUCUUUGUCAUUCCCAGUAUAGUUGAUCAGCCAAGGCAAGACAGUAUCCCAUUCAUGCUUUUGUGUGUUAAAACACUUCCUUAAGUCAGAAACUAGGCUCAACUCUGAUUCUGUAAUCCUUCAGCAUGUAGCAGCUCGUGGGUACGUGACUGUGUCCAAGACACUGGUGGGGUAGCAGGACCUCAGUGGAUGUGGCUGAUCCUGAAACAGGAAACACUUCUGCACCGCAGUCAGUAAAUCUGACUCUCUGUGGUCUGGGACAUGCACAGAUGAAUAUUAGAGGAAGCCCAAGUCUGUGAAAGUUUAAACCGCACGGUUUGGCACACAUUCGCUGUCUGGCCCUGGGUAUAAAGGGUACGUUUUAUAAAGGAAGAGAAGAAAAAGCAUCAAUACUUUCCUUACAAUGGCCUUAUUUGAGUAUGCAUUUUGAUUUACCCUGAAAGGAAAACAUUGUGCAUACACACUAUUAUUCUAGUCUAAGGAAUAGAAACGUGCCUGUUACCUGUGGACAGAAAAUAGUGGGGGAAAAGGAAGUAGUUGGUGGGUUCUUUGUAUCUCAAAAGAUGUUUUUAUUCCUCGUAAAGCACCUUCACAGUAUGAUUUGAAACAGAUUUACUGCUUUUAUUGUUGAGUCAACAGUUUCCUAGGCUUAUAAAUUAAUAUCUGCACUAAGCUCUGUGUAUGCAAACUUGUUUACACCAAGCUUUUACUAAUUACUUCACAUUCAGACUGGCCCUUACAAUGUGAUGGAUGUGUUUCUGUAAAAGGGAUUUUCCUUUUGUCUGCUUGAGUUGAGGAAUGCUGCUUGGCAGCAGGAUGUUAUGAGGUAUUGAAAAAGACCCAAAUGCAUUUCUGAGUUUGGGGAGUUGUGGUAUGUGAAGCUUUCCCCCUUUUUUUCCCCCCUAACUCAUGUCUCCCUCUCCUCUCCCCCCUCCUCUUUUUCUUUUAACCCAAACCCUCCUAAAGUUCAGGUCAGUGCAGUCUGCAAAACAAACCAAUCAGAGUCCGGCUCUCUGGCUGCUCACAGAGACUCCACUGCCAAAUAUGCAUGAAAAUGUCAUGGUUUGUUUAGAGGCAGAUUGCCGAGCUAGUAAGUUUGAACCACAGAGAAAAGACCAGAGGCAGACAGAGAGGUCCAGAGAGAGCUUCAUGACGGCUCACGUUAGACAAAUGCAUGAGGCUUCCCAGCAAACCCCACUGCAGACUGGAAACACGCUGGAAAAACAACCCCUUGGUCAUAAGCUGUUAAAAACACCCUUGGCGUCAGUUAUAUUUAGUCACUGUAUUCUUCAUGAAAUGCAGUCAUAAAGUGUGAGGACUCGGUCUAAUUGCAGGGCAAACAUCAUGCAGUUAUUGUUAAGGUUAUUUUGAUUUUCUGCUGUGACUCGGUUAUGAUUUAAAGAUACAAAGUUAUAGAGGAAAAACAUGAGGCAAACAGAAAAGGACAUCAAACUUACUUCAUCAUUUUAAUUUGAACUUAUGGUUUCUGUGACUCACGGCUCUAAUAAACAUCUGAAUGGAAAGCAGUUUUACAUUUGGCAAACUAAACUCCAAAACUCUACCGAAAAGAAUACAAAGAAGACUGUAGGAGUGAUGUUCCCCUGAAAGGGCCUCAUACAGAAGACUUCAAGAUGAGUUUCUCAAAAAGAGCUUGAUUCAUGUUUGGCAUGGUGGUCACUCUUGGUACUGCAGCAAAAUGGAGCUGUGGACAAACUUUAGAAAUUAAUUACACAGAAUAUAAAAUUUUCUCCCCUCUGGUUGCGAUGUUGACAUGUAGUUAUUGUAAGACUGGUUUGUGCUCAAGUCCUCUUUUUUUCUGUGCAGCUCCAUUUUAAAAAAUUAUUUGGGAGUUCAUGUUUUCAAUGAUUGACACUUGAUACAACCUAUGGGCAUAAGGAGAUUGCGUAGCUCGCCCGGGGGAUACACUGCCUGAGUGUCAUCACAGCACAUUUGGUCUGUAAGAAGAGACCAUGUAAAUCACAAGAAAAACUCCACACAGCACCUCUUAAAAAUCUGUAACCACAGAAAAAAUACAUGUACGAGUGAUCAGGUCAAGGAAAUGCUCGCAUAGAGAGUACUUUUCCGUAUUUUUUCUGAGGAUUACAGGGAAUAGAGGGGUCCAGAAAAAAAGAUGUGAACCAGCAAAAAACGAAGAUAAAACACUGACAUUUAAAACCAAGAUGGGCUUUUUUUUUGUUUCAUAAACUGUUUUUUUUUCUUUUUUAACAGACUAAACCGCACGCAGGACCUAACAGUCUUGUUAGUUUAACAGGAUCAACCUCCUUUUCCCCCAGAAAAGCUCUAGAUCUCCGAGAAAACCGCUUUCCUAGAUUUGGUGCCCUAAAAGAGGAGGUGUUCUUCGAAAAUAGAAGUACAAAUGUUGAUUGAUUCAUGAGUCCUUGUUUGGGCUUUAGAGGGGCUCAGUGUCUGCUUGGCUCUGUUGUGCUCUAAUUUCUCAUAUUUUCCAUGACUGUGCGGGAUACUGCACAGCCAAUCACAUGUGUUAUCCAUUAUCUGCUGCUGCAGCCAUGGCCUCAUUUUUUUGUCCUCUUGGUUGUAGAAGUCAACUCUGUAAUACUUUGAGCUGCAUUUUAUCUCAGAGUUUUAUGUUUGUUGUUCAGGGUAUUUGGUGAUUAUUAAGACGUGCUGCAGGUGGUAUCAGUUGGCAUCACGCUGAAUACAGACAGGCUUGAAGUGUGAGCUGGUAUCUAUUGUUUGUCUACUUUGAAAACACACUAAACCUCUUGUAACUGAUGAAAGUAUAAAUACUUGCUAAACAUCCACAGCAGAGGCAGGAAUUUCCCAUCUUGUGCACGCUGGACUUGAGCCUGUGUUUAUCGAGCCUCCAAUCACUUCAGUUCAGACCGAAAGAUCUCAAUGACUAUUUGAUGGAUUACUACAACACUGUGUACACAUAGUCAUGGUUUCCAGAGUCAAAGCCCUGCUGACAUCUGGCUUCUUUGCUAGCUUCACCAUUAGAUAGUAAAAAAACUUUACCAGGUUGUAUCAACUUGAUUUAUUGGCUUUUUAAUGUGAUGACCUGUUGAAGUUAAAUUAUCCUUCCUGUGACUCAUAAAAUACAACGAUUAUCAUUCCAGCUUCAACUCAUCUUUGAGUGGAGAGCUAAUUAGCCAACGUUGGCAUGCUAACACACUGAACUAGGGAGGUGAAUGUCUCUCCUGCAAAACAAUAACAUCAUCAUGUUGGCAUCAUCUGCUGCAUGAUGCAUGAAGCUGGAAGCACCACUGUAGCCUGAAGCAGCCUGAGCGAGCUGGUUUUGUGGCUGUAGACUGUUAGUCAUAUUUCUCUGAAAAUGCGCUGUUUAUUAUUCUUAUUUAAACGGCAUACCAUGGAGUCUGUGAAAUGAAAUCAGGUGACGUUUGACCAUAUUAUGCGUUUACUGGCCAGGAAAGGUAUUAAAUAGUAGACAGUACUAUAGAGCAGUGGUUCUCAAGUCCAGUCGUCGAGGUCCAAUGUCCUGCAUGUUUUGGAUGUUUUCCUGCUCCAACACACCUGAUUCAAAUGAUUAGCUCGUUAUGUAGCCAUUACAGAGCUUGAUAACGAGCUGAUCAUUUGAAUCAGGUGUGUCGGAGCAGGGAAACAUUCAAAACAUGCAGGACAGGGGGGCUCAAGGAAUGGACUUGAAAACCACUGAUCAAGAGUAUCUAUAAUAGAUAGUAGGGCUGGGUGAUAAAGCGAAAAUUUACCAAUACCGAAAUUUACAACAAUAACCAACGUCAUUUUGCCCAUGUCAAUAUAUUCGGUAUCUAAAAAAUAAAAAAUAAAAGUUGUUUUUGGAUGGGUGUAGGUAGGCUAUGGUCUCGUGCUUUUAAGAUGCCGUCUUAUGUCAGAGACGUGACUCCACCCCCAUCCAGUCCCAAAGAUGGGAAAGACAGGUGUGGAGAUGGAGGUGGCUGAAUUAGACAACGUUAAUAUGGGAGGGGGUGAGCAGCUUGUGGAGUAGUUAUCGUCCAUUUAUCGUCAUCGAGGUGAACUGCUCAAUAUAUCGUGAUAUUGAUUUGAGGCCAUAUCGCCCAGCCCUAAUAGAUAGUCUCCCUUCGUAAUACACAGGACCUAGCAGAUUUCUAGAUUAUGCUUAAACCCACGUGACACGUCGAUGAAAAGUAUUUUUCCCUGAUGUACAAUUACAAGAGACUCAAGUCAGUUGGUUUUAAUCGUUUUAUAUUAGAGUACAUUUUUUGACCUGUCAUCAUCAGUAAAGGGAGGAAAACACCCUUACCAUAAUUUCUACUUUGCCUUGCUCACAAAGCUUUUGUCAUGCAGCAAGCUCUCUGAAUCAGCAAACAUACAUGUGCCUGGAUCUUAGGACGGGUCACUGUAUCUCCUCUUAGCAAAGUUACUCUUUAAUAACACCUUAUGUGAGGAGAUACACAAACCCAAAUCCUGUGGGUAUAAAAGCAACAGUUUUAGGCUAACAAAGAAGGUUUGUGGAGUAAGAGAGCCUCUUCUGUCCCCCUCUUCUCAUGCAUUUUUCAGUGUUUGUAUCGGAGGGCAGUUCAUUUGUUGCUCAUGACAACGUAUUGCCUGAGGAAAAUAUUUAUAUACACAGUAGCUAAUAAAGCAAACCAAAAACUGCUAUUCUUAUGGGUGUUCAAGUAGUUUAUUUGGAAUAUUAAUAGGGAUACUGCAAAUAAUUGGGCUAUUACUUCCUUUCAAAGACUUGGCAGCAGCAAUGGCAGUCAUUUUGGGGUACUCUACUUUUAAUUUGACAGGGGAUAUUAUAGGAGAGGAAAUGAGGAUAAAGAGAGGGGGGAUAACCUUCAAGAAUCCAGUCCAAAUCAAACUGGUCAUGUUGUGAAUCAAAAUAAGUACAGGAAGUGUCCUAACUACCUGGCCACCCUAUUUGGAUUCUUGGUGCCACAUAGAAAUAAUAAUAGCCCAUCAACUUCUUCCAGAGUGUUUUCAUGAAACUCCACAGAGUCAAAGCAGUCAUUAAAGUUCCUCCGUCAUGACUCAAACACACAAGAGGACGAUGAAUUUGCCGUCCCAUCCUGUUGUGUACUUGCUAAGAAAACAACAACCUCCCAAGUUUUAUGCCUGUUAGUCACUCGACACAGUUGUCCUCUGCUAAGUGUGGCGAUGAAGAAUGAAACUGGCUGUGUCCUGUCCUGUUGUUCCUGUCUGCCGUCAGAACGCAGCAGCAUAUUUCUGUCUUUACAACUCAGCUUCCCCCUCGAGAUAUUUUCAGCAGGUACCUGAAAAAGAAAACCCUGUGACCGUGGCAGAUCCUGUGGUGUCUGGUUUCUCUUAUUUUGCUAACUGGACAACAAACGGCCUCCAAAGCUGACCUAUUCUCUCACCUCACAAGCACCCAGUGGAUGUGGAACAAAAUGUGUUGCUUUAAAAGUUUUAUGUUUGUACAGAUAUUUAAUUAGUGCUGUGAAAGUUGAAAUAAAACACUUGGUUUUAAUGCUGUUUUCUUGCUUAAUAAGAGUAGAUAAUUAAACUUCUCAACUUGAGCACACUAUCGCUUAAAUAAGAAUCUACAAAAACUUUGAUAAAACAGAUUUUUAGUGGUUUUCAAGUUAUUUAAACCAUGUACAUAAUUAAGAAUACUGCAAAGACAACCUACCAAUCGUAAAACUGAAAGAUUUUAGAGUUUUAUUUUUUUUAAAAAAAGCACAUUUGAAUUUUGAUGCCUGCAACCACUUUAGAAAAGUUUGGUUAACAACAACAAAAUAGUGAACAUGUUGUGUAAUAUUUGAAAAAAAAAAAAGGCCAACACUACAUGAUUAUUAGGGCCUCAGGCUUUAAGAUGGACUCAUGCUUGCGUUGAAUUUUCCUGAAUACUUUGACACACGCUCACCCAACUUGUUGCAGAAAUUCACCAACAUGCUGACUGAAAAAAAGUCCUAAUUAUUUUGAGAUAAAAUGUAAGAUGUUCACUUUCACAUCUUUAGCCCACCCCAGUAAAUUUGAGGAGGUUUUAGACAUCCUUGCUUACAAGCAAACAGCUUGAGUUUGUACCCUGUGCUUGAAUUAAAAUCAAGAAUGUUAUUUUUUCCACCACUAAAUUGGGGAAAUCCAAUAAUCUGAGGAUAGCUGAAAGCUGGCUUGAGUUCAUUGGACUGCACUGAAACAGUGUAUUAUUAUUAUUUGAUAAUGAUAAAAAAAAACUUGCUUUGCCUUUGCUACACAGUGUUAUUAUUGUGUUUAUAGAUUACCUACAGUUCAACUCUGUCACUAUUUUCCUGUUUUUUUUUUCCAGUCAUUAAUGUACCAAAAGCUCAAAGCGAUGAAUCAGUGUAUCAACAGAAGUAGAUAUUCCAUAUUGUUUUUGAGUUUCCACCCCAGCCUGCAGUUUUCCUCUCAGUCUUCGCUACACUGAGACACAUCUUUCUCCUCUCCGUCUGUUUUCAAAGACACACACACAUUGACGUUUAUAUUCAGCCCAAUAUGCUCUCCAUCUGUCUCUACUCACAAACACAAAUACACAACCUUCUUGUUCUCCGUCGUUUGAUGUAAAUAUACAGCUCACAAUUAACCACAAAUGCAAACACAUGCACAUUUAGCUGAGACCUGCCCUUGAAAGAUGUUUCAUUUUAAGAGAUGCUGUUCUCUCUGAUCUGCUCCUCAUGGCCCGUCCUUGGCCCUCCGCUGUUUUGGUUCAGAAGUAACUUUCCUAUUAUGGUAUCUGCUGAUGGAGGAAUGGGGGACAUCCUUAUCUUCUCUUUUUGUUUGUUUUAUAUUAUUAAUUUUAUUACCAUUGAAAGGAGCAGAACAAAGAUCAUCUGCUGAUAAAGUUCAUGUGAUCUGGUAGCAAAAACAAAAGUGAUGAAGGAGUCGACCUCUCACUGACUCCACAUUAUUUUAUGAAAACACUGAUUGUACUGAAUAAAGUAUUUAAAAUUAACACACUGGGAUGUUUUUCAAAGAAAAUGUUUUGCCUGAAACACAAUGUUUAUUUUGGACACGAGAACAAGGUGUAGAUUCUGAUUUUUUUUCAUGAGUUUUGUAGUUAUUUGUUGCUGUUGAAUUCUGUGAACCUGGAAACAUGACGUAUUUGAGCAGAGACAGUGUUUUCUUACCUUUAUGUAUUGUGUAAUUUGCUGGUAAAGUAGCUCAGGAAUUCAAUGACACAGUGCGUUAACUGAUCACUGAGGCAUGUGGAUGUUCAUGUUAGUUUUGUAGCCUGCAGGCAGCCAUGUUGUUUGGUGUCUGGAACACACUGACUUAGCUGCUCAAGCAUGUAAAGAAUGACAGUGACGUACUGCGCGGUGUUGUGACAGUAAUAUGUUGUCAUGUCUCUCCAGGUGCUGGGUCGGUGCUUCCUCACGGUCAUGCAGGUCCAUUUCCAGUUUCUAUCACAGGCUCUGCAGAAGGUCCAGCCUGUUGCUCAGUCCUGCCUGGCUGAGGCCCUCGCCCAGGCACAGGAGCGCUGCGCCAACGCCCGCUCCCAAAGCUCUGAUCUCGGGCCUCUCACCGAGCUGGAGGAAGCCUCUCGCUCAUGGAAGGGUGCAGCUCAGGUAUGCAGCCGCUGGGCGCCUCAGGACUCUUCCUGGUCUGGAUCUUGGAAAUAUUGUGUCUGUCUGUGCGAGGUGAAAAGCAGACUUGUCGCACAUUCCUGAGAAAUGCCAGCAGUUUAUGAUUUCCAGCCCCAAUUUCCUAUUUCCUCUUUUCUGUCUGUGAACCUGCAGUGUUAAGUUCUGUACCUCUCUUAACCCCGACUCAUGUAGGGGAGGCGGUUUUGUAAGAGGACCUGUCUAAUCCCCAGGCUAAUCAGCCCCACUGGCCCAUUUUGAGCUGCGCUGAAUAAAGUGAAGCAGAGAGGAGAAUAGUGGGUUGAUUGAUCUGUUAAGCCCUGGCAUGCAGAGAGUUAGCCCGGGGGGGGGGAUUGGGCCUGGAUGGACCCUGAUAUAAUGUUCUGGCUGGGGGGUGAGGCAGAGCGAGGCUGCCAGCACUCUUUUUCAAAAACUCUGCAGUUUCUUUUUACAGUGGUACGCCCCAGGUCUUGGACUCUCUGCUUCGUCAAAACCUUUAUGUUUUAGUGAGAUUUCAGCAGAACGAAAUUCCUGUCGAACUUCACGGAAAACACCCUUCAUUUGAAUCGUACUCGGUGCAUCCUUGUGCGCAGAAACCUUUACGAAAUUCUGGUCAUCUUGAUUCACAUCACAGUCUAUUCAUCCUCCUGUAUUUCUUGCAUUUCACCAUGAGAAUGAACUGCAGUAGAGUCGGUGUUCCUGCUGUGUUUCUAACUGUGUACUCUGACUGCGCCCUCAGGCUAUGGCCAGGCUGAGGGAGAGGGGCCGGGACGGCUGCCUGGCAGGCAUCCAGGUUCAGCAGCUCUUCUGCUCCAACAACACAUCCAUCCCUGAGCACCAGCUGAAGGAGCUCAACAUGAAGAUUGACAAUGCUUUACAGGUGAAAUAUCUCCUCAAACACCAGCCGAGGGAUCUAACCUCUGAGAUAUACAACAUAAACAAAAGUAUAACUUUAAAAUCAGUCAGUGUAAAGUUUAAUCUUGUUCACAGUGGAAAAAGAGAACAAUUCAUUCAUGAAGUGUUGUGUUAGGAGAGUGAAAUACUUAAAUGUCUUGAACUGGAUGAUGAAAACAGUGUUGAACUGGUUUCCCGCUAUCUCUAGGCCUACAAAGCAGCACUGGAGAGCCUGGGCCAUAGUGAGUACGCACUAAAGGCCGGCUUUCAUCUCAACCCUAAAGCUGUGGAGGCAGCCUUGCAGGUGGGUUCACUCUGAAAAACUCAGUAAAAACCCUGAAAGAUUGAUCACAUUAUGAGUAAUUCAGUGGUGUUUGUAUCAUUUAUUGAUUCUCAUGUGUUAACUUGCUUAUUUGUGUGUCUGUGUGUGUGUUCAGGGUUGCUGCAGUGAAGCUGAGGCCCAGCAGGCAGGUCGGAUGCAGACCACCUCCCAGCCCAUCCAGUGCGAGCUGCCCACCAUCCCAGUACAGAUCGGUUCACAUUUUCUCAAAGGAGUGUCCUUCAACGAGUCAGCGGCUGAUAACCUCAAACUGAAAACGGUAAAUAUGUCCCAGACUGGACGGGCAAGCUUCAUGCUGCAUCUGAUACUCUUGAGAUUAAAACCACAAGUAUGAAGUAUUUAUCCCUCAGCAGAUACUGUGUUCUCGGACGAGUGUGUAGUCCUCGUUGUUUGACAUCAGCAGGCAGUGAACACAGACUGCUUUUGUGGAUGAGCCUCCAUGUUUUGUCCCCUCAGCACACGAUGCUCCAGCUCAUUAAGGAGGCGCUGGGCCAGAACGGAGUGAGGGACGACUCUCCCGUCACCGAGGUCCUCAACCAAGUCUGCCCAUCCAGCUGGAGAGGAGCCUGCAAGACAGCUGUUCAGCUGCUGUUUGCCCAGGCUGGUCUGGUGAGUGGAGACGUUAAUGACAGAACAGGGUUGAUUUUUCCUGUGCGUUUGUUAGAGGUGAACACGAGAAAAAUCAAACUCCUUCUCUUGUUUUGAGUCUGUUUUUAUAUUAAAAAAAAACAUUAUGGAUCCAUUAUGUUAAUAUGCAUUGAUUAGCAUAAGUCGGUUAACUUUUUCUGCAUGGAUUUCAUACAUGUAUUUGACAAAAGAACUGGUAAAACAGGAGGUGUAGGUUUUUCUGUAAUCCAGAUCAUGCUCUGACCUGCUUUCUUCACAUUUCUCAGCGCGUGAAGGAAAGUUCUCCUCUGUAUCCUCUCUCAGUAUUUCGCUCUUGCUAACAUCCAUCAACACAGUUUAGUUGAUACUAGAGAUUAGGAGAAAGGUGACGGCAUGCUGAUGUGACGGCAGGGCCUGUUGUUCCUCACUGACACUUCUGCUUAGGUUACAGACUCGUCUCCUUUUGUGUGUCUGUGGGUUUGGCAACCUGCAUCUCAUUGUUUAUCAGAUUUGUAAUGGAGAUGAGGAGAUCUGUCCGCUCGCUUUGAGGCGGCCCAGAGGUGUAAACAAACACCAGAGACACACAAAAGGAAAGAAACAUUCCUGCAGCAUCUGGGUGAAGGAUGGGCUCGCCUGGGUGGGUCUGCAAACAGAGACCCCCUCCCUCUUCUGUUGAAAAGAAGAGCUGGAGGGAGGGAGGGAGGGUCAGCAGAGGGACUCUCCUCAGAGUAACACCAGCGUGUUUAUGCUCGGCUGUUUAUUUCCUCUGUGUGGUCUGUCCUGCUCCGUGUGUCAGGCUGAGGGAGUGUUCCCAUCCAGCUCUGCCGGCCCCCGUGCUAACUGUAAAACAAUCUCCGGGUGACGGACGAGCGCUUUGCAUUAGCUCCCUAUCUGAGCUUAUGGCCUCCAGGCUCAAAAUAGAUCACACAGCAGAGCAGAGAGCAUGGACAAAAACACACUCACAUGCAAAGUAUCUUCUCUACACUCGAAAAAGCUUGCAUGCACACAUUCCUUCAUUAGUCAUACACUAUUCAUACCUCUCUCCACUCAGUCUUUCCAUCCUCUGUUUUCUUUCUUUCACACCCACACACAGCACUGACAGUCAGAAUCAUCAAACAUGAUCUCUUCUGUUGUCUCUCCUGAAAGCAUCAUUUUCCAGCAACUUCUUUUCUUUCCCCUCUUGUCAUGGCUUUCCAAGAGCAGCGAAAGAGUCGACCCGGUCUGCUGAGCUGCUGUUCCUCCUCCUUCCUGCCCUCCAUGACCCUGUCAUAUGUGUUUUGAUACGGUCAACAAACUGUGUGUAUGUGUGCGCAGUUCGCUCACAUGAGCAGCCCGGGGUUUCCGAGGAUACACCUGCUUUUUAACAACAAUAGAGUUACUUCCUGCAAUAGAGGAAAUAGGCUCCUCCCACCUCGUCUCUCUCAUGGUGACCCAGUUGCGUGGGUCUCGAGGAGCCAAGGCCACUUUCAAAGAACUCUCAAAUAAACGUGGCCGUCAGCAGGCAGGAAGGCGAGUCUAUUUGUUGUCAGUGACUGUUGAAUGUGUCCAGUUUCCUCACCUUGAACCGUCCUCUCUGCUUGUUGGAAACAUAAUGACAGACGAAAGUGGAAAAAAAGCUUUUGCUUGUAGCGAUUUUUCCAUGUUGGCAUGGCUGGUAAAAAGGCAAAAUCUGACUUCUUUGACGUAUUUUACAGGAUCGAACCAGUUUGAAUGAGUAAACAGACAGUAAAACGUUGACCUUGAUGAUAGAGUUCAUAAAUUUGAUAGAUACUCAUGCAGGUGUGUUUUUUUUUUCCGUCCCUGCAGGUGGUUGUUGAUACAGCUCAGAUUGAAAACAAGGAGGCCUACGCUCCCCAGAUCACUCUGGAGGGAUCGAAGGUGGUGGUUCAGGUCCCCUCUACAUGGUAAGUAGUGGUGGGCGAUAUAGCCUCAAAAUGAUAUCAUGAUAUUUCAAGGUAAUGAUAAUGAUAUUUAAAGUAAAUUUCAGAACAUAUUAGUGAUUGUUGUUUUUUUAUACUUUUACUGGUGUUAAAAAGAGGUUAAAUUAUGAAAAUAAAUUCAGAUUUUCCAUACAAAAACAGGACAGGAGUUAGUAAGUCCCCUGUAAAAGUUUGACAACAUUGACAACAUUAGCUCCGUUGUCUGUUGUUACAUACACAUCUGUUUGUCUUCUUGUAGAUUUCAUGACUCAAGAAACUCCCUUAAUCUACUCCCAAUAGUUUCUCCCAUGUGAUCCUUGGGAAAGUAUCAAGAUAGUAGUUGUGCAGCUUCUAGUUGUUAGCCUAUGUAAUGGACCGUCGGGCUGAUAUAGGGUUUGGAGCUUCGGCUCGAUCAUGUCAGCCGUACAGGCGGUUUUUUUUAUAAGGUGUUUAUAAAGUAUAAAGUGCCUUCCUUUGGCUGAAUUAGCUUCAUGUCUUUGGCUUAACAAUACGUGAUCGCUUUGGUGAUGUCCCGCCACCAUCUGUUUUUUAAAUUUUUUUUUUUUAUUGUACGGAGUGCAAUGAGUGCUCCCGCAAGGCUCCGUUUAGCCAUUUGUUUACUUUUACUCUUAACACCAGUAGCUGCUUUCACAUCCUCAUCAUGUGCCUUCAAAGCCUGCUGAUAUUAAGCUGUGUGUUUUAGCUUUAAGUAGUAAAACGCAUUAGCUGUGUUAGCCAAACCACAUCCACACCGCACCACAGAGGUAGAGGUGUGGUAGAAGUUGACACUGCUGUGCUGCUCUUGUGUAUGCAGUAGGGAACGUCAUUAAUCAUUGCGUCCCUACGGUGUAAAUACCUCAAUAUGAAAAAUUUACAGUGCUCAGCAUAAAUAAGUACACUCCUUCAGAGUUGUCAGAAAACCUUAAGUUUCCUUUCAAAAUCAACAUUUUCUAUGUCAUACUAUACAACAAAAUACUCCCCCAAAUGUAGGCCAUGGUUUGCAAACAAGAUUUUUUAAGUUGCAUACAAAAAAGUAUAUUUUUCCAUUUAAAAUCAGGAUGCAAAAAUGAAUACACCCCAAUCAAAGUUUUGGUAGCAAAGCUAAAUUAUAGUUACCAUAUCACCCUUAUUUUCAUCUUGUGGUAAAUAAAAUGUUAUGUUAGACAAAGCUUUGUCAAAACUUUGAAAAUUGUACUUUCGCUCAUCUAGAUAUUGAGUAAUACAUUACUUUUAAUAGGGGGUGUACUGACUUAUGCUAGGCACUGUAUAUCACCAAAAAAGUACACCGGUAUUACCGUACAUGGUAUGAUGUGGCACACCCCUAAUGGCAAGCAGAUCAUUUUUGUAAAGAUGCACACUGAAAUGUUGACAUUUCAUGGAGCUCCUGUUAGUAAGCUGGUCAGAGGCAAUAUUUGGCUGCUUUAAUAAUGCUCACACCAGUUUGUGUUUGCCGUCUCAGCCAGAGCAGGAAAACUGUAAUAUUCUUAAGAGGAUUAUGUAUGAUUCAACAGCAUGAUUAUUAUACAAGUGCAGAAACAUACAAGUAUAUUUGAUCCUGUGGCUUUGUGCACACAACAGGAUACAUGUGUAGCAGAGUGAAAAGAUAAGUAGCACAUGUAGAUCUGCAGUAAACAAGCAGAGCUGACCGAUUAGAGAGACAAUGACAGUGUUUGUUUCUGGUUCAUGGCUCCAGUGUACACAGAAAAGGCUUCCCCAAAAAAGAGAAAGGAUGUAAGACUGUCUGUUUGUUGACCAGAUCCUUAUCUCCUCCCUUUAUUUUUGGGAUGUGGACACCAGUUCUUGAGUACACACCGGCCUUUCAGCACCCAUGCUUUAACUGUUCUUCAGUAAUACCAAACUAAGGCACUCUUGGUAGCAGAUCCUGAAAUAAUCCCUUUCGCAUGUUACUUAAACAACAGGCUUUAUCCUCUGUGCUGGUUUCUCAGGCAGACUUAGCAUUCAGACAAGGAGACUUGUUUUUAAUUUCCAUCUCUGAGCUGCAAAGACAUAAAAAAGAGGCAUCACAGUAAAUCUAAACCAGUCUACAAGCUGAAAGAAGAAUAUCAGAUAUCACAUAUUCAUCUUUUCAGAACACGCACCUGGAGCUUUGUUUGUGAGACAAUGAACUGUACUUGUAGUUCAUGUCUUGUCCUGUCUUGCUGUGUGAAUGUGUGUUUGUGCAGGUGUCUGAAGGAGGACCCGGCCACCAUGUCCCUGCUGCAGCGGAGUUUGGACCCGGAGAAGACACUCGGUCUCGUAGAUGUGCUCUACACAGCGGUGUUUGACAUCAACAGGUGGAAAGAGAGGAAGUGAGUGAAUGCUUUCUUUCUGUCUCUGCGAUGUUGUACCUGUGACACUUGUUGUCCUUAUGACACACACGCGGUCCCAGAUGACAGUCCUUGUUGUUUUUGGUGUAUUUGUAAAGAGUUGGUAGAAACCAGACUAUUGCACCAAUAAGGCUGUGUUCACACUGCAGGUCAAUUCCGAUUUUUUAACCAUAUGUGACACAAAUCUGAUUUUUUCGUGUAAGUGUGAACAGUGCACUUCAAUUUUUUUCUAAUCCGACCCAGGCCUCUUUUGUAUGUGGAUAUAAAUCGGAUAUGUAUUCGAUGUGACUGGACGCUUAGGUCGCAUUCAUCCGACCUAUACGUCAUCAAUAUGCGACAAACGUCACCAUCGUUCGACAACACAAACAGGCGCGGAAAGCAAUGGCGGACUAGGAAACGGAGAACAGCCAGUUGUGCACAUGCGGGCCACUUCACAGAAAAAUUCCGUUCACAUUGGAUGCCGCAUUUGUUGUUGUAAUGUGAACGACUGCACAAAAAGAUCGGAUUUAACAAAAAUCUGAAUUGUGCAUCAUAACCUGCAGUGUGAAUAUAGCCUAAGUUUAUGAAAAGAAAAAAAGUCACCACCUACUGGGUUAUUGAUGAGUCAUUUCAGCAGUUUUUGUGGCAGAGAUUUUAAACAAAUGUAGUUCUGGUCUCCCAGUGAUGAUUUGCUGUUUCCCUUCCUGGUUCAUGACAGUAAAUUAUGAGUCUGCAGCGUUUGGAAUCUGUUUUACAAAAGAUUUCAAUUAAAUUUCAAUUUAUAGACUUUGUUUUACAAAUUUGUGUCAUGUUAUUUUAUUUAGAAAAUUGACAAAAGUAUUGUUAAUGAAUUAUCAGCAGUCUCUUGAAUAAUGAAGACCAUCGUUAGAUGCUCACUCACAUCAAGUCUAUUUAAAAUUGAAGAACUGAACCAAGUGAGCCAAGCUGUCCUUCAACAACAGUAGUAGUUUUCAUGGCUGUGGGGAUUUCUUGAAACACAAAAUAACUGGAUGCUUGUUUUUUCUCUUUUCCUCUCCAAAGAGAACAAGCUCUGCCCACCAUUCAGAUACAGCUGCAGAGGGAGAUCCCAGACUACGGCAGCCAGGCAGACCUGACUCCAGGCACCAGCUCAAAGACUUCCAGCGGACUGCCCAAAACAAUAUCCAAGCUGACUUCCAAGUUCACCAAGAAGGUCUCAUCCAGCUCCAAUAGCGGGGGCAGUUACUCCAUCCCCAAUACCCCAUCUCGCAGCAUGCUAUCAUCCAGCAGCUCUGAGGAAAAGGCCAAGAGCCUGGGCCACAGCGACGGGAGGAUCCAGAGCAUCCUGCAGAUGAGCACCUUGUCCUGCACCCCCGACUCUCCUCAGCAGAACCAGCUGGCCAACGGUUUGGUGUCGGAGGAUCAAGGGAUGAAUCUGCCCACCGACCAGGAGAUGCAGGACGUCAUCGACUUUCUCUCAGGUUUCAAUAUGGGAAAAUCUCAGCAGGCCUCGCCUCUGGUCAAGAGGAGGAACUCUGUGGCGUCUGCAAACCCAGCUGAGCUGAAGCCCCCGAGCGGACCUCCACCCACGUCCCAGUCAAUCUCUCUGCAGCCCCCUGCUCAGACCCUGCCCCAGCCCCAGCCUCAACCCCAGUCUCAGUCUCAGCCUCCACCAUCUGUGCAGAAGCAGCAGCCUCAGUCUCAACCGCAGCCACCUCCCCCUCCACCUCCACAGCAACAACAGCCUCAGCAGCAGCAGCAGCCCCCUCCACCUCCGCCCCAGCAGCCCUCCCCACAGGCUCUGCAGUACUACCAGCACCUCCUGCAGCCCAUCAGCCAGCAGCAGCCGCCUCCUCCUCAGCUCCCUCCCCAGCAGACGCCACCCCAGGUCCUCCCUCAGCAAAGAGUCGCCAGCAAGUGGCUCGGCACCUCCGGGCAGCAGCCCCCACCACAGGGCCACCCAGCAGGGCUGUCACCCCUGGGUCCAAUCGGGCAGUGGGGCUCUCCUGGACUGCCAGAUUUGAGCUCAGACCUGUACAGUCUGGGUCUGGUCAGCACCUAUAUGGACAGUGUGAUGUCAGAGAUGUUGGGCCAGAAGCCGCAGGGGCCCCGCAACAACACGUGGCCCAACAGGGACCAGAAUGAAGGAGUGUUUGGAGUUCUGGGAGACACGCUGCCCUUUGACCCUGCAGGUGAGACCAACCUCCCUGAUGUUUUCUACAUCAUCACACAAACCAAAUCAAAUGUUAUGAACAGUUCUGAUAAAUCUUCCAGUCUAGAGAGAAAAAAUUAGCAGGUAUGUUUCUUAACUUGAGCACAACUUAUUAUCAUUUUAUUCAGUUUCAGUUGUUCUGCUUAAUCUGGAAAGAAAUAUGAUUAUUUUUUUCCAAACAUGGUGUUGGAUCGGUAAGUAGGUUUUUACAAGCUUAAGGUAAAACCCAGCAAACAUCUUUAUAGGGAAAAUAAGACAAAAGUUCUUUGUUGUUACUUUGGCAAUACCCCUGUUUUGGUGGAAGUGCUUGAAACAGAGGACUCAGAUUCUUAACUUAAUGUAGUUUGUGUCUUUGGUCAAAUAACUGCAAAAAGAAAAUCCAGGGUAACCUUGUUUGUCCUAGAUCCUCUUCCUGGACGGUUGUAAGUGGGCACAAAACCUGUCAAAGUUGGCUGUGGUCACUUUAAUAGUGUUUGAAAAAGGUGAUUUUCCUGAGAUUGUUGCUUUAUUUUGGGCUUCAGGUUAGGGCUGGGCGAUGUGGCCUCAAAUCAAUAUCACAAUACAUUGAGCAGUUCACCUCAAUAACGAUAAAUGGGUGAUAACUACUCCACAAGCUGCCCACCCCCUCCCAUGCUAACUUCGUCUACUUCAGCCGCUACAACUUUUGAACCGUCCUCCAUCUCCUCAUCUGUCUUUCCCUCUUUCUUACGGACUGGAUGGGGUGGAGUCAUGUCUCUGAUGUAGGACAGCGUCUUAAAGGGACAUGAGACCACAGCCUACCUACACACAUCCAAAACCAACUUUUACUUAUUUACUUUUUUUGACACCGAAUAUACAGAUAUGGGCAAAAUGACGUUGGUUAUUGAUUUUCAAUUUAUUGCCCAGCCCUACAUCAAGUAAUGAAUGACAGACUUCUGUUUGAACUGGAGAUGGAUGCCAUGAACCAAUGAGACAAAGUACUGUAGCCUCCGACUGUACAUAGGGGGCCUGCUGUACCAGCUCAGCAAAACCUGUUGGAGUUUUCCUGCUGUGUUUGUUAAACCAGCAGCUUCACAAAAGUCAGUGUUGACACCAAACUAGCUGUUGAUGACUGAACUGCUGUUCAGUAUGAUUCCGGUUUGCAAAAGUUACAAAACACUGAAGGUUGUUGUUUCCUUGUUCAAAAUUUUGUGUUAUGAAACAUCAGAGUACGAAAUAUAUUCAAUAUUCUUCACAAACAUCAUCAGUCUCUUUUACUGUUUGUUAAUAAUAAAAAUAACUUUAUUUGUAUAGCACUUCAAAAAAACAGAUGUUUACAAAGUGCUUUGACAUGUAGUCACAGAGCACAUGGAAAAAGACAAAUAAAAACCAAAAGCUCAGUAAAAACGGAAUUGAAGGCCAUUUUCAUGUCUUAAGGAACCCAGACAAUACAAGAACCAUGCAACAUAAAGUGAGACCAUGACGACCAAAAUAAAAACAUAAAUGCAAUUAAAAGGAAGGACAACGCGGACACAGGAUAGUAAAAUGAUAACAGGUAAUCCUGAUAAUAAAAAUAAUGAUAAAAUAGAGCAAUAGAUUUGGCAAAAGUUGUGACCGGUCAUGUUUAUUAGUCAUGAUGAGACUAAACAGUGUUGUUGCUGUCACCUCUCAUGCUCUUUAGUAAUGCUGUGAAGUCAGCUGUGUGUGUGUGUGUGUGUGUGUGUGUGCGAGUGAGAGGAGGAGGAGGGGCAGGCCUGAAGCUCUGCUGACACCAUCACUUCAUUAUCAUAUAAAAAACCUUAGAGAAGCAGCUCGGUGAUGUUUUUCUGGCUAACCCUGUAAUCAUCAGUAAGUUAUUCAUCAUACCUGGAGACUAAUGUUCAGAUGGAGAAAAUCGGUGCUCUGGGUCCAUGAAAUCCAAGUGAAGCCAUUAUAAUGCUUGACGUGGUACCAGCUGUCGUAUAAAGUGUUACUCAUCCAAACUCAAAUCUUUGUUGUCCCAUAAAAGAAAAUGAGUUUGCAAACAGCAGCUACUAAUAACAUACAGGGACUCAAAUCCAGAGGUUACCGGAUUGUUAAUGUGCAACAUUAAAGCAACAUGAUGUGUCUAAGAUAAGUGUUGUAUUGGCAGCGGGGAUCAAUAACCUCCCUGCUCAUUUAAGUUUAUGGCCAAAGAACUCUGAUGUGGUUUUAUAGUGGACGUCCCGAGGAUUGUUGAAAGUUGGUUCGUGUCAGACUACAAACAAACAAACACAUUCGAUCAGGACAUUCAGGUGACAGUGAAAUAAUUUCCUAAAUGUCUUUCUGUAACACAGUGGUUCCUUAAGUCAAGUCCUCGAGGCCCCCUGCUCCAACACACCUGAUUCAAAUGAUGAGCUCGUUAUCAAACCAUUACAGAGCUUGAUAACGAGCUGAUCAUUUGAAUCAGGUGUGUUGGAGCAGGGCAGGGGGCCUCGAGGACUGGACUUGAGAACCACUGCUGUAACGUAUUAUAAGAUGAUUUAAUCAAUACGAUUUGUGAUUACUUUUAGUGUUCUAGUUUAGUCAACUUAGGAUCUUGGAGAAAUAAUCAAUACAGGUCAAAGAGUGUAAGCACCUUGUUUCUUCUCAACAUGCUGCUAUGACCGUAAAUUGACGAAUUAUGCUGAAUUACGUCUGUGUCAGUUGCUAUUUUUACUGUGCAGCAGCCUCUUUUGAUUGCGGUCUGGCCUAUUAUGCUGAGCUGACUUACGACCAUUGUGAUUUUCUGCUUGGGUCGACAGUCUGGCUAAACGGAUUGAGCUCCAGGGAGCGAAAGAGAAAAGCUGAGGGCGUCAGAAACUCAUAGUUGUGUUUAUCCUCCCUUUUUUUUUUUUUUUUUUUUUUUUCUCACACGCAGUCGGCUCUGACCCGGAGUUCGCACGUUACGUGGCCGGCGUCAGUCAGGCCAUGCAGCAGAAACGGCAGGUGCAGCACAUCCGUCGCCCCAGCAACCCACGCAGCAACUGGCCAAUGCCUGAUGAGCAACACAGGACCUGGUCCCACCCAGAGUACUACAGUGAGGGGUAUGUGCCUGUUGAUGCCUGAGAUGUCAUUGUAACCUGUUUCCCUUCUGAAGUCUCAGUUCAGUCAUACUCUCACAAGAUCAUGAAUACAAACAGAAAAGAAAAAGAGCUGAAUGAAAUUUACAUGAAACAGCCAACUCAUGUAUACUCAGUGUACACUAUACUUAAUUUUAUAAUGAUAACGUGCAACUGUCCUGCGGAUAACCGGUAUCAAUUCUUGUGAUUUGGCGCAAAAUAAUACAAGAUUGAUUGAUCGAAUAUGUGCAGAACUCAUAUUUGAAGCAGUAGUAUUAGAAUAGCGAUCAAUCAUUCUUAUCAAGCAUCUCUGGAAACAUCACGGCAGAGAAUCAGAGUUCAACUAAACAAGAACUGAAGCUGAAACAAAGCUAUUAACGCUGUCAGCUGUGCUGCAAAGACUGUGUUCUGACAGUGAUGUUUUCAAAGUGAGACAAUAACAGUAAGCAACCGCCGCAAGUACUUGGACAUGAGUCAUUCUGCCAGACGAUUGAACACGUGGAACCCAGGUAGAGUUUAGCAUCAGGUUCAUAUUUUUAGACGAGACUCCAUCCGAGCUCCACAGGGAUGAUUGCAGACACUCGCACACAGAGUCAAUCUGAAUAUCUAAAGCUCUGACAUUUGCCUUUCGUUAAUAAUAGUACAUUAGGUUCUCACCACAUAAAGUCGCCGUCUAGGGGAAAAACAAAAAACCUCCUAAAAUCCCAGUCCAGGGGAUUACUCCUGACUGCCAUUCAAGAAGUGCCUGACCAGUAGCGUAGUCUGCUGAAUGUCAGUUUGUUUGCACUGUUUUCUGACAUGAUUGUGAUGUUAUGUUUGCAUUUUCUUUUCUCAUCUGUUUUUAUUUUACACAGUAAUUUUAAUUCCUGAUUAUUUCACUGCUGGAUCUGAAGGCUCACAGUAAUUGUUAGAUCAGGUAGCAGAUUUAUUCACCCAACUGCAGGAAGACGUUCAUAAUCUUUAGAAUCAAGAAUGAAUAAGUCAGUUUAGAAAGAGAAAGUAUUAAUACUGGCGUUAGAUUGGUAGUUGUGUAAGUAUUGAUACUUAAAAAGUUGGAUUGGUGCAGCCCUAUGAUAAAUCAGUAGUUACUGGCUGAUUUAACAUACCAGCGGCUCAUCUACUCCUUUAAAGCUGAUAUGUUUAUUGCCAUUUGCAGAGUUGCAGGACAGCACAUGUGCGCCACACAUUUAGUUUAUAUGCUCUAUACAUAAGGAUGAAAGGGGACUGAGAAAAUGUAAUAUAAAAAUGCAAAAAGAAAUACACAAACUAAAACUUCCACACUUUCAGGAAUAAAAAAGGAAACACAGAAAUAGAAUGCACUUGUCGUCUUGUCGUGAGUUAUUGUCUCAUUGGACCUUAUGCUAAUACACUAUACUGAAUACAGUCAGAAAUGGAGCAACGACACUGUCUUUUAUACUGAACUCUUCAGAUGUUUGAUCUUCUUUUAACCAUCAACAAAAAGGUAUAACUUAUACAGACACCUGUUGACCCAUUUAUGUGUGGGUGGGUUUUUACAGGUGAUUCAUUGUAUCAACAUUUGUACUGCAUCAAUGAUAUUAAUCGAGGGCAUAUUAAUCCAUGUCCUCAUACAGGCUGAUGUCGCCACAGGCCAAUAAAUAGAUAUCACCUUAAGUGUGAUGUGAUCUGCUGUGGUUGCAUCCUGAUCAAAGUUUUAACUUUGAAUCACCUUCUAAACGCAGACAUGAAUCAUUCUACAGAGAGGACGGUUUCCCUCCACUCUCCUUAGCUCUCACUCUUUGAUUUGAUACAGCAGUUCCCUGCUCUAUCUCUGUAACAUCACGUCUUCACAUAUCGGACAGAUUCUCCAAAAUCUGGAAAACAAAUUACGCACGUUGAAAAUCCCAGCUGCCACGUCUCGGGGUUUGGUUUAAUGCUGAUUUGCUGGAGAAUGUUUUCCAGCUUAGUUUAAUCAUAGAACGUGCUAGCAGAGCGCUCUGUUGAGUUAUUAGUGCAGCAGACGUCAUUAAUAUGAGAGGCAUUUACCACGUUAUUAAUGUCUGUAGUCAUUGAAUUCAGCCCACAAGUGUGAGACAGCACCAUCCUGACGAGAUUAGUGAGAGCUAAGAGAGUGAAACAAACGCUCAUUAAUGCAGCAGCAGAUGUACAAACUCACAAAACAUCUUUAACAUUCAGGUUUGUCUUCAAAUGUGUGUCAUAAAGGUAGUCCAAACACAUAAAUGUAAGCUCUUAUACCUGUUAAAGUACAACACGGUCAGCGCUCACACCUCCUCUGGUUGUGUCUUCAGGGAGGCCGUGAACAGCAGCUGGUCAGCCAAUCAGGGGGACUCGGCUAGCUCCAGCGACGAGACGUCUUCAGCCAACGGGGACAGUCUGUUCUCCAUGUUUUCUGGGCCAGACCUUGUGGCAGCGGUGAAACAAAGAAGGUGAGUCCCAAACUCACUCUCCGACCUACAUUUGUCUUUCGCUGUUGUCGAACUUUACAUCUUUGUUUCACUGAGUUCUUUUAAACUCACUAAACUGGAUGAUCUUUUUCUUCAUUCCUUUUUGAACACACUUGUUAACACUUAUUACAUAGAACGGGGUGUCCAAGCUGCAGUUGUGUAACAACUGUUUUAACUUUCUUUCAGAAAACACAGCUGUGGAGAGCCAGAGGUGUGCACUCUGCCCUCACCACCUCUCCAUCACAUCAGCGAUGAUAACCAGGUAAGAGCGGAGAGCCUUAGAGUGCUUUAAACUUUAAACAAAAACAUACAGUUCAUAACAGUAUGAAAAGUUGUCUCAUCUGUUAAACUGCAUUUCUGGGUUGCAGCAGUCUUUGCUUACAUGGUUUUAAAAUCUGUAUGAUGGUUUUUGCCAUUUAUAACUUAAGACAGAUUGUUAAAGUAGUUAAGCAAAGGUUUUAAACCUGGGCAAACGGUGCUGGAUGGUGUUCACGGAGGUGGGCACGUAGGUUAGAAGUGUUAGACAACGGCGCUGCAACUUCCUUACGGCAUAACCUGCAGAUUGGUGUCAGGUUUACCUGCUCUGUCUGUUUUGUGAAGCCGUUAAACGUCCAUACUGCCGACGAAACCUUUUUAAUAGGAAGAUAGCGGGUUAGGUAGGUAAGUACUCUGCCUCGCUUGCCUCUGCUGAGUGACGCUGCCACUCGUCUUUAAAUUAUAACUGUGGAACGAUUAUUGCGGUACCCUACGAUUUCAUUAUAGCGAUUAAAUCGUUUAUUGGCACAUCCCUAUUUGAGGGUAUUAUUAAAAUCUGACUGGGCAGUUAUUGUUCUCUUUUUAACCUUAACUGGUCUCUAUCUGCUGUUGUCCACAGGACAGCAAAACUAAGACCUGGCCCCCUAAAGCACCCUGGCAGCACUCCACCCACACCCACGCACACACCAACACCAUGCCCAAUCCCAGCUCUUCCUUGUACCAGAUGAAUAUCCCUCCAUCCUCCCAGUGGAACGACUCCAUGCAGAUGCUGCAGUCUCCCGUGUGGUCCACUGCCAGCGACUGCUCCCCCUCCACCGGCAUCUCCUCCGGGUUCCCCUCCUUCACCCAGCAGCAGCAGCAGCAGCAGCAGCAACAACAACAGCAGCAGCAACAGCAACACAAACCCAUGACCAAGGGCUUUAAAUCCUUCCCCCUCAAACACGAGCACAGGCCCUCCUAUCUUCACCAGUACUGAUAUCAGUUUGAUACCCAACGUUGUUGCCGAUGAAGAGCCACCGAGGGCCUGCAGCUCUCUGAGACGAGUGGACCGAGCUGCAGCCAUCCCAGCCCACACCCACUCAAUUUGGAAGAAUUCAAAGCCGCAGAUGGAGGCCGAAUCAAAGUAAACACACUGGCUCGACAUUUUUGUAACUAUAUUUUUCCAUGUCAGACAUCCCACAUUUGAAACAGAGACGUAUUUUGAAGUUUUUUGAACUGCCAUGUUUUAACUACGAGAGGUGCAUGCGUCAUGCUGGCAGCAGUCAGUCUAGUGGUCGUUUCUCUGUCUGUUGAGCUGACGUCUCCUCGGACAAGAGCUGGAGACGUGCACGGCCGUCACCCACUUGCUUCUGCAGCUGAACGCGUGUUUGUUUGUGCGAGUGUGUGUGCGUGUGUGUGCGUGUGCGCAAAGGAGCGGAUUACAAGGGGGCAGGGGCUUGUGAUGCUCUCAUUUUGCCCGUAAUAAAUAUACUGUGUCUACAUAGCUGUAACUGCCAAAUCUCACGCAAGAUGACUCAGAAUACAGCUACCAUCUACUGUUUCAUAGCUUGUAAAAUACUGAAGUUGAAAUAUAAAUAUUUAGUUCUUUUUAUUAAGAGGCUUUGAGCAGGCUCAGCAUAAAUAUAGUAAGUCACUGCAGAGGUGUCGUUUGAGAGAAAUACACUAAUUUUUUCAACAACUGACCAGAGUUUAGAGUUCUAGCAGUAACAAUGUGCCAUGUUGGUAUUGAUAGCACUUGCAGAAUAUUAUUUCCAACCAAAGCGUUGUUCAGAAGAUGAAUGGUGCUGAGGAGAAGAGAGGCAAUCUGAGAUUAUCGAGAAACAGUGAAUGAGUGGCCCUUUUGGAGAAGAGCAUUAGGGAGCAUCUUCACAUCCAUUCAUUUCCUCCUCCUCUCUCAUUGGCAGUUGUUUGACACUAACUCCCAUAACCCUAACCUUUCUUCUGUUUAAUAAUACAAUAUUUUUCUUGUACAAUUAUUGACAGUAUUAAUCUUAUUUUUGUAUUUUCUUACAUGUUAUACCAUUACUGUAUGUUAGUAUUCUUGUAGGCAUAUUACAUAAAACAUUAUUUUCCACCUCCCAAUAUGUGAAAAAGCACAUUUUUUUCCUACAGAGUUGAACUACACCAUCUAUCUAUAAAGGUUACCAAAUAUGCCAUGCUAAACACUAAAACAUUGUGUGAUGAGGGUGUUUUUGGAGCCCUUGUUUCUUCGGUUUCUAUGGCAAUGGGCUGUAUUUAAAAGCCCAGAAUGUUAUCUUUUUGUGAUGUUUGCGGAUGCCAAUGUUGCCUGUAUUUAUGAAAUGACACCAUGUUUUCAGAAAACUAACAUACUUAACAUGUUUACAGAGAAUUGUUUGCUGUAUAUACAUAUAAAUAUAUAUCUUUUUAUAGUUAAUGUGCUUUGCACAAUCAAGAUAUAGGGUUUGUUGCUUUUUGUCUGUGUUUUCUCCCUAACUGUUGCAGCCUUUUUUAAAGACAUCAUUACAGACCUUGGACUGUAACUGUUAGCUUCUCAGCUGUGUCAAAUGGUUUACUAGUGGCUUCUACAAAAGAAAAAAAAUAAUAAUAAAAACAUGUUUCCCUGAUAGAAGAUAUGAAGGGGGACUGCUUGGCUUAUGUUGCUUAUUGUUCUCUUGAGCUGGCAACUGAAUCUUUCCAAGUGUACCAGCAAUGCAAAAAAUGAAUAAAAAUGACUAGCAAUUAAAAAA